GAUGAGAGAUAUCAGGGGGAACGGUCUCCCAAGGGCAACGAGGGCACCAAAGGUCACCACCGCCAUCGCCAUCGCGAUCGCGCCGUCGGCGAGCUCUAGCACCGAAAAUCGCACGCUGCCGCUGCCAGUCGACGACCAUCGUAGUGGCACCAGCAGGAGGAGAAGAGCGCUAGUCGCUGCGCAAAUCUCGCCGCGAUACCGCGCCGGGCGGCCGUCGUCGUCGUCGUCGUCAUCAGCAACGACGCAGAGCGUAGAUCUACCCGCGCUCGUACAGCGGGCCAAGUUCCUAUCAAAACAUGGCCACGUGACCCCCGGACAGCACGGCUUGUAAACACAGAGUUUGACCACGUGGUCUGCUCCCUCUCCGCCGCGCCGAGCACCUAUCUGUUUCGCGCGCUCUCUCUCUCUCUCUUUCUCUUCUUUUCUCUUUCUCUCUCUCUCUCUCUCCCUCUCUCUCUUCGCUCCGCCGCGCUUUGCUCCAUCUGUCUCUCCUUCCUUCUCUCACUCUCCCCCGUCGCUACCGCUCUCUUCUCCUACGGUUUCUCUCGCUCGCUCGCUCGCUCGCGCGCGCUCUUUCGACACGCAGAACGGCUCCCGCCGGAAUCCUCAGUUGGUUCACCGCCGUCGGCAGUCGUACGCGAGCGCACGGUCGCAGCCGAUCCGUUUCCCGCGAACCUGUCGUCGCCGUCGUCGUCGUCGUCGUCGUCGUCGCUCGGCACGGAGCUCCGUCUCCCGCGGCGUGCGUGAGCGUCGUCGAGAUUCGUGCCUCGUCUGGCGUCACGGCGCGUCACGUCCAGAUCUCGCGCCCUCGGUUCGAUGUGAUGAAGGAACCCCAGUGUCCGGAGAGAGUUUAAGAGACGAAGUGGCAGCAACGGUGACAACGCACUGACUCUCGAAAGAACGCAGCCUGCGCGAGAGCCUUCGUACACAAGCGGGGACGUGCGAAGGCCGUGGUGCACGCAUACUCUCACACACAUACGUACACACGCGCAUAGACACACACAUACACACCCGUACACGAGAUUAGUGACAGUGCGACUCAAAACGCAACUCUCGAUCGCGCGUGAACGGAUAUUCUCGGUGUGCCACUAAGGAUCGUCGGUUACCGAUCCUCGCCGGGCGUGUUCGCCGCGUACGAUCGCGCGCUCCAAUUUCAUCCAAGUUCGCAGGACGGCCCGGUGAACAUGAUGGAUUCGGUGCCGGUUACGGCGUCGGGGUCGAUGACCCCGUCGCAGCAGCAGCAGCAGCAACAGCAACAGCAGCAGCAGGCGCAGAAGAAGGGGGUCUCGUUCGAGUUCUCGACCUCGCCGGAUCUGGAGACCGGAUUCGAGCCGCAGACCCGCGCGCGAUCCAACACAUGGCCGCUACCGCGGCCAGAAGGGUACGUGGAGGGUAACGCGCCGGCCGCGAAGGAGGGAGCCGAGGGCGGCACGCCGCCCCAUCAGGCGCAGCUCGCCCAGGGCCUGCUGCCGGUGAAGAAGAACUCGUCGCGGAGGAACGCCUGGGGGAACCUGAGCUACGCCGAUCUCAUCACCCAGGCGAUCACCAGCGCGCCCGAUCAGCGGCUCACCCUCUCGCAGAUCUACGAGUGGAUGGUCCAGAACGUGUCCUACUUCAAGGACAAGGGCGACAACAACAGCAGCGCCGGCUGGAAGAAUUCUAUACGUCACAACUUGUCGCUGCACAGUAGGUUCAUGCGAGUGCAGAACGAAGGUACCGGCAAGAGCUCCUGGUGGAUGAUCAAUCGCGACGCCAAGCCGGGCAAAUCCGCCCGUCGCAGAGCAACUACCAUGGAGAGCAACGGUAGUCUAGAGAAACGACGCGGCCGCUCGAAGAAGAUCGCCGACGCUCUGAGAAACGGACUGCCUGAACCCUCGUCCAGUCCCAGCAGCAGCGUCGGAGAGGGCCUGGACCUGUUCCCGGACAGCCCCCUACCGCCCGCCAGCGGAUUCCAGCUCUCCUCCUCUGACUUCCGUCCUCGCGCCUCGAGUAACGCUUCUUCCUGUGGCCGAUUGAGUCCUAUUCCAGCAGCUCUCGGGGAACAAGAUUGGACACCGACCUAUGCGUCUUCUUACAGUCCGGAACAACUAGGAGGUGCAUCGUGUUCGAUAGCAGAUACGAUCCUAGCAGGCAACUUGGCCGAGACGAUGAAACUGGAACCCUACCAAAUAUACCAGACAUCACCGCCGGCCAGUCACCAGCAGCAAACGGGCCCGCCGCCGCCUUACUACGAAGCGCAGUACCAGAGGAACGGCCUACGCACUUCGUCAUCCGCAUCCUAUGGCCUGCCACCUACUCCGCAGUCGGCCAAUCAGCAAAGAUGUCCGAUUCACGGGCUGCAGCCGUGCGCUUGUCAGAUGAACCUGAGUCCCGGCAUGUCACCGUCCGGCAUGUCACCGUCGUAUCAGCAAAGCGAGCCCAGCCCUACGACGCUGGGCAGUACACAACAAACGCUGCAGUAUAUGAUUCAGACGCAACAACAACGCAACGACGCGAUUCAGCGUCAACAGCAGCAACAACAGCAACAGCAGCCACAUCAGCCGCAGCAUCAGUCGCAGCAUCAGCCGGCACAAAUUGGACCAGCUGGUCCUAGCCCGCCCAACACGCCCACACCCUGCCCCACAGCCAGCACGAUGAUGGGCCAGCUGAUGGGUGCGCUCAAUCAUUCCGCCCUUGAUGACCUUAAUAUCAACAUCGAGGCGAUGCACGGCGGCUUCGACUGCAACGUCGAAGAAGUAAUUAGGCAUGAACUGUCGAUGGGUGGCACGCUGGACUUUAACUUCCAGCAAGGAGUAAUGGGCACCGUGCAGGUCAGCGACGGCAACGUCGUCGGUCAGAAUGGCGGCGUCGUCUCUCAGAACACGGGCGUCGUCAUCGGCACGACGACCGGCAACGCGCCGGGCGUCUACGUAAGCACGAAUGCGGCAACCCCCGCCGCGACCCCCUCGUGGGUUCACUAGCAGUUAACCCCCCUGCCCUCGACACCCCCGUCGUCCUUGCCAAUAUCCGACGGAUCGCUGGAUAACUACUGCGGGAUGACCGAAGGGCAGCUCAUCGAUGUUCGGCAUGCCGAGGACGAGAGGGUGAACCGACGAUUUGUGAUAAGAUAUAGACGUAAUAAUGAUGCCAGAUCAGUUCGAAAUACGUACUUCAAAAAUGCCAAUUUACGCUAGUGCAAUUGUGGUGCGAGAAUGACUAUCGUCACGAGCGCGAGCAACGUCGGCGAGGGCUUCAUCAUCGCUUCAUCAAAUGUCUUCAGCUUCUUUAAUAAUGAGCCGCUGCUCAAAAUAGGCCGGAGAUGCUGUGAUGUGAUGAUUACGAGGUUACGAGCUUUCAUGGACUUGAGAAAAUUUUCGUAACGUAUGAUACGACUAAAUUAAAAAGUUUAGUGAAGUAUUAUAAAAUAUAUAUUAUUUCUUCUGUUAUAUAGUUAUUUUUCUUUGUGACUGGCGCUUCACAAAAAAAAUGUAAAGCACAUUUGUUUCUUUUUUUUCACAUUUUUUCUUUCUUUUUUGUUAAUCUAUUUUAGAUUGAGCUAUUUCAUUUUCUCUCACUCUCUUUCUUUGCAAAAAUCAUUUUGGUAAUUAACCCUUAAAUUCCGGACGGAGUGACAUCAACUCAAUAUUAUUUAUUAAUGAUUAUUAUGUUUCCACUUUUAAUUAAUAAUCAUGAAAUAUUAAUUGAUGUUAUAUUUAUAUAUAUUUUUAAAAAUAAUGUUAUGUUUAUAUUCUUUUUAAAUUAAUCAUGAUUAUGAAUUGAUGAUAUGUAUCUUUUAUUUGAAUAAUUUAUUUUAAUAUAUAAUGUUUAUAUGCAGAAUGUUUUUUUUAUUUUAUUAUGAAAUAUUUAUAGAUUUACGCAUUAUAAUUCGGAGUUUAAGGAUUAAUGUGUGCUCAAUUAUUUUCGAUUAUUAAUUGCUGCGUAAUGUUAUCUUUAUAUAAUAAUAAAAUAUUCAAAAUAUUCAAUAACAUAUUGCUCAAAGAAAUUCUGCCAAUCCAUAUCCAUGUUGCAAUAGAUGUUUCCUACUAAUAACGAUCACGUAAUACACGUGCAUCGUUAAAUCAUCAUUGAUUAUCGGAAAGUUUGAAUCGAAAGAUCCCUAGAGCCGUAACCUCGCGGGUAUCCCGAUUCACAAAGUGUCUCCGAUCUUCAAAAAACCAAGGACUCGAACCGCCAAGACAUUAAAUCGCCAAAACGAAUAAUUUAAGCGCGCUUAGAGCUUGGGGUAGAUUAAUUUUGCUGAAAGCGUCAUUUCAACAAUUCCGUGUGACUUCUUUACACGAUUCUUUCGAGGUUUUUGUAAGCAGGGACUGAAUACUACAAUAAUUUUACAAAUUUUUAUAUUUCGGUAUUGUGUAUACCUCUAUCUUACAUUAAAAGCCUUUCAUUAUACCGAUAUUAAAUGUUAAACAACAAAGUAACGAAAAUUUUCAUAAUAUCCUAUGUACAUAACUUUUUGGAAAUGUGACGAUAUUAAUAUUAUUACUAUUAUAAUAUUUGAUUAUCAAAUCAAAGUAGAUUUUUGAUAUUUUGUAAAUGAAGAUUACAGUACCAACAUAUUGUAAAAAAGAUGAAGAAAAGAAGUAACGUAGAUACAACAUAUAAUACAACUAUAAUUAAUUGUAAACUUCUGUAUUUAUGUAGUAUAACUUAUUUAGUCUUCUUGAUUUUUUUUUAUAAAAUAUGCAUCAUAAAUACACUUCAAAAAUCUGAAUAAUAUUCAAUAAUGCUGAAUAUAUAUUAAAUAAUAUAGUUAUAUUUAGUAUACAUUAUAAUUAUAAAAUAUGAUGUAUAUAGAAAAACUUUAGGUCUCUUUAUUUGUAUUUUGAUUAUAGCGAGCCCUUUGUUUCAUGAAAGGGUAAAACAAAAGCUUUUUUAUUUCUUUAAUAUUUUAAAUAAUAUAACAGUGAUACUAUAAAUAAUGUUAUACCAAAAAGU